AUGUCUUUUUUGAACUCAGACGCAUUAUUCACCCUGGAGAAACUUUACACCGAUCUUGGCGUCAGAGGUGGUCAAAACGUUACCCAGUUUUACGUGAAGUAUGUUUUCGAAAACUUCACCAUUUUUACGAGGGAAAGUCAAAUGAAGCAUUUGCAGUACAUCAAAGACAGCAUUUUCCCGUCACUUCCUCAAGGUGGAUCAAAUGAAAAAAGCGUGUUUCUAACGAGUUUUAAAAAAACUCCUUGUAUUCCUGACGAAAACGGCAAACUGCACGUUGCAGCUGACUUCUUCGACCCAUCUAACGAGCUGUUCAAAGUAAUGUUUGCAGACGAUCUCAAGAAAUUUCCUCCGCCACCGUUCGAUGAUUCAACUUGGUUACAAUUAUUGCGUGACAUUGGAUUGCAAGUUGAGGUCACACCCCAGUUGUUUCUCCGAUUUUGCGAGACGGUUUCCGAGAAAGGAAAGCGUUUAUCCACCAUUCAACAAAGCCGCGUACAAUCCAAAGAGCUAGUAAAGUGCCUAUUUUCGAGCAUUGCCUUCGAAGAUGAAAAAUUUCUCUACGAGGUAUCACAAAUCAAGUUCGUUGCCGCUGCGAAAGCGGAGGAGAAACUUACCUCAAUUCAUGAGCAGUAUCAGUGUCAACCUAACAACUAUACACCGUUUAUUGAAUUCCGUGAUGCAGUGCCGUGGAAUCUCAGAUUUACAUCAUGGUCGACUGUUCCUAUUCUCCCAGAGUGGGCACAUCUAAACGAUAUAGUCAAACUAAAAAAACUAGGGGUUGCCUGCUCCGGACCGCAAUAUAACAAAGUAAUCGAUCAUCUGCAAAACAUCGUCAGUUCAUCUUCUAUAGAGUCUGUUGAUGGUGAUCUGUUGAAAGAA